GUUGCUAACUACCACCAGCUUCAGGCAGUAAACUAAUUCCAUUCGAGCCAAACGUGCCCGUAUUAUACUGAACAUAUCUUGUUGGACGAACACCAGGGUUCCCUUGAGCGGCCGUGCAUAAUUUCAAGUGAGUCUCCCUGCAUCGAAGCGGCGGACAACUGAAUUGCAUAGCUGUCAGCUUCUACCUGAUCUUCACCAAUUCUUGUGUAUGAGUGAGAUGAGGACAAGUCCCAUGGUAACCAAUAGAGGUUCUGCCUCCGUUCGGGAACACGAUCCCUCCAGUCUUCUAAAAUUACCAUUCGAUGUGAUCCUUGCGCUGUGCAGCUUGGUCGACCCGAUCGAUAUCGUGAAUUUCUUGAGUACUUGCAAGGCCUUGCGGAGUCAUUUUCCUGAAGAAAGCAUAUGGAGGAUGCUAUCUUUACGAUGUGGAGUUGUAGACCUCACAUUCUUCGGUGAUCGGACCUGGUUUCAGGUGUAUAGCCAACUGCUACAUACAUUUGCACCUCUCCUCGGUCUGUGGGCAAGUGAUCAUCCUUUCAGGGGAAACAUAAUGGAGUGUCGAAUCAAUGAGGAUGGAGAGUGGCAUGGUAUAAUUUGUGAAGUAUGGAAGUUCGACGGCCCUGACCGUGAAAACGCUGGCCUUUACGAACCCUCGCUUCCUCGAUACUACGAGUCCUUCCGGAUCCCCUUGGACCCUGUAGGUUCCAAUCCACCUCGUUUGCGUAGCGCUUCGAGUGUGGUUUGGAGAAUACAUGACAGGCAGCUCCAGGAUUGGAAGAAAGAGGGAGAGAUCCAUCGACCAUCUCUUCACUUCCUAGCACCAGCCCAAUAUGCUACAGCCGUUUGCUCGAUCAGAUCGAAUGCUACAGACUGCAACACACAUCCUUAUUUUCCUCCGAAAGAUCUUUCGGUUCCUUGGUAUGACCAGGCUCGUGGAUUCCCUCGUUUGGGACAAGAGCCGUCGGAUGAUAUCGUCCUCUCAGAAAUAUCCAUUGAAGAUCUUCGCUUCAUUGGUGCCGAGCGAACUCGACAUCUCACGCCUCCAGCGAUUAGUGUCUAUCCACCCUGUGGACUCUUUGAUCCUCUCCGUCUACAUGAUCCAUGUCAUCGUCCAUUAGGUCAAGACUUAUUUGUAGGCGGUCGACGACGGCGUUCAACUGGAGAGCCCGUAUUUGGUCGAUAUUACCCUAUCACUUACCCUGUCACUUAUCCUUCUCCUAUUUCCCUCGCACGCCAUCCAAAUGAUCCCAAUUGGCAUCCAGCCAGCCUUGAAGGACUAUGGCUAGGGUCUUACGGGCCCAACGGGACAGAAGUCCUCUACUUGGAGUGGAGAGAAUCGGCCAACAUUGUCCGGGCGUGGAAGGUAACUGGGGACGAGAACGUGCCCAGAGGUGUUGUUAGCUGGGAGUUGGAUUUCACUUUCAAAUCCGAAGCCACAGCAGUAAGCUCUUUGGAAGCUUUCGCUGGACUCGAUCCUGGAUCUUGUAUGUUUAUGUGGGGCCGUGGUCAUAUUUGCAGUGCUGGCUACCCAAGUAAACACAGACGGGAAAUGGGUAUUAUGGUCGCUAUCGUCCGUGAGGAUGACAUCAGGAUACUAUGGGGUGUAGCCAACGGAGCUUUCAGAUAUCGUCGGUACAAGGGUCGAUGUGUAUCCUCCGAAGAGGAAGUUCAACCCGGUGUUCGACAGUCUCAGCUGGGAUACGGAGAACCAUGAAUGAGGAACAUGUUAGAUCAUUGGAUUUGUAUUUUUAGUAUGGGGAUAUUGGUAUGUUAUAGUAUUAGGGUGUGUUAAAGUAGUAGAGAAAAUGAAUUCUCAACAACUGUCCUCAAGGGUAGUUAUUGAAUGGCGAGGAGUGGGUUUAGACGAAGACAUCGACUUCAUCUUUUCACAAUGAAGUUGGGCAACAUAACGUCGGCCGCGGUAAUGUACCAGUCUAUCGAGUUUUAGCUCAUCCACUUGCACCCCCGUUAUAUCGUACGAGAACUUGAAGUGGGUGUUAUUCGAAUCUUACCUCGUGCCAUCGCUGGAUCGCAACGAAUAAAUGCUUCAUCAUUUUGUAUCGAGUUAUUCGCUUGUUUGGUGAGCCGGUUUGAAUCUCAACCGGGAAGAGCAUAG